UGACGAGUUGUGUGCGCGGAUGGGGCAAACACCACCCUCCGCGCGGGUAAAGGGUAUAUGGGUGUAUGGGUGCACGUAGUAUUCGUACAGCCGCCUCCGGGGGUUUCCCUUCUUCAUACCCGUCGCGCACCCGUCGAGCAACCCCGCGUUAUUCGAUGGCUCACUGCUCAGUUGUCCAACGCCGCGACGACGACACGGUUGCGCCACGAUACACGCCAGAUACUGUACGAGCUGCUCUCAUUGGGAUCACCUCUCGAGGUCCUCCUCUGUCUGUUCUAUACGCUGCCUUCGUCGUCACGCUUCUUCAUUCACGAAGCCGCGCGGCCGGAUUCUGUUAACUGAACGAGUUACGUUCUUUGCGCGUUCCCUCGACCGCGCGCGAAAUGUUAGAAUUUGGACGAAUACGCGCCGACAAAUUGCGAUACUCGAACAGUGUUCUGUGACUUGGAAACACUCAACUUGGCUUAAUCAACUGCCGACGGUGCCGGACGGGACGGAUAUCUUCGGCGUCUUAUGCGUGUAGGCGCCCGGUACAAGUGCACAGAAUAAAAGAAAUGUAUGCGAGGCACAGGUUGACUGAUUCGUACUGUCGAAGAGGCCGAUAAACUCUGUUGAAACUCUUCUGGAACAAAGAUCGAUCACUUCCCGAUCGUUCAGUACGAAAACCUGUAGUCGUCAGGUUCUAACGCGUCAGUAUCAUUUCUUCUCUAAUUAGGCCUGAGAAACAAAGUCUUGUUACUUUUUCUUAAAAGUAUCUUUUCUCAAGGAAAGCGACGAUUCUGCAGAGAAUGAACCAACUUGCUCAAGCUAGCUUACACGAGUGCUUUCACGAGUGAAAUUACCCACAAAAUUCCUAGCCUGUGUUGUUUAGUGUUCGUACCGAAGAAGAGCCACAAUUUCGACAGUUAUAUAUAUAUAUAUAUAUAUAUAUAUAUAUGUAUUGAAAAAAAAUUUGCAUAUACGCGCAACGAAACAGUGUCGUAACGAGUAACAAACAGAGCAAUCUGUACCUGAUUACAACGAAAGUAUUCGUUCUUGUCGUUCUACUAAAGUGAACGCGAAGGAAAAAUAAGUAAAGGCCAUAGAUUUGAGCGAAAGUAAAUAGGACUCGGUAUUUCGUUUGACAAAAGUGUAAGCGUCAUCCAUCUCUCUUGCCGACGGUUAUCAAAUGCUGAAUGAUUGUUCGCUAGCAACAUCCUUCAUUUAUUCUUUACAACGAAGAUAAAUCGAAUAGUAUUCUGUCCUCGCACUGAGCACGCUAAUAUAUGCUGUAAAUAUUUAUUAUGAAAUUGUUAGUUCUCAUAGACAUAUACAUGUAAAAGAAACAUUUGUAUAAAGUUUGCUUGAUGUUUGGGCUUUUUUUAUGCCAAUCGCAUAACCAACAUAACUAUAAACGACUACUCAUUUUAAAUGGCCUUACAGCAAAGAUAUAAAAAUACGAAAAAACAUACACGUAUGGAAAUAAUAGUUGGAAGCAAAGAGUGAUGGUAAAACGUGUCAGUGUUAAGAAUGCUACUUCGUUAACGCCGGCAAUUUUGCAAGAAUUUGCACAUCAAGUAUGACAAUGAUACUAGUCUUAUAACACGGAUUAGAAAUUUUGCAGUGACUGCUGGUUUCUAUGUUUAAACUUGAGAAAAUCAGUUAGGUAGACAAGAAAUGUACAACGAUACUUUUCGAUUGAGUUCCUAAACGUCGGAAGAAGAAUCUUUCGUCGGAAGAGAAAACUGAACAACGAUCAAUCCGCAAACAAAGACCUAAUCGCAGACCACCGCUUCAUGGUGAAACAUUGUAAACGAAACAUUGUUCAUAUCCCCCGAAUGCACUCUGACAUUGGCUGGCGGAUACGCGGUUAUACGCCGCGAAUACUAAAUAUUCGUCCGCAGCAUCUUUACGUUCUCAUUAUCAAACUUGUGGUUCGAAGAUCAAUGGUCAUCGCUUCGUUCUUGUGAAUACGCGAUCAAGUAUGUCGCUGUAAGCUCGCGAUCCUUAGUUAAAAAGGACAGCAAGAUGCCGCAGCAGCAGCAACGAUCGGCUUUCGCGAUUCAGGAGCUGCUGGGUUUGGAUGGCACCGGAAAUAGGAGUACUGAUCGCGGCUCCCCGCAAGGCUCACCACCCGCCGGUGUUUCGGCCGUUUCCUACGCUCCAGCUACGCCUCAUCAUUCGAAAUUAUGGGAAUACAUGCCCAGCCUAAAUCAUUUAGGCAAUUUAGGGAAUCUGGGAAAUUUGGGGAAUCUGGGCAAUCUUACGGCCUCGAGGAUGGCCUAUCUGAAUGCGCAGGCGGCUGUAGCAGCCGCCUUUCUACCGCCACCCCAUCCCCACCCAGCUCACCAUGUACCGCAUCAUCAGGUACAUCAAUCAAAUCAACUUCCGGCUUCGCCGCCCGGCGUCAACUUGCAUCCUGCGGCACACGCGCAGCAUGUACUUCCCGGUACGGCUGUUACUACGAAUCAUCAUCAACAUAGCCCGACUCAACACACCCCGUCUCAUGGAUUUUCGCAAUCAAAAGGAUCAUUCUCCAAUGCGAGUCCAGGUGUAGGACACAACAUAGAAUCAGGGAAAGACUUCACGGUAGAUGGACUCUCAGGUUUCAGUAAAAAAAAGAAGAAAAAACGCCGUCAUAGCUCCAGGACGAUCUUCACGUCACAGCAGCUGGAGGCGCUGGAGGCUGCUUUCAAGGAAGCCCAUUAUCCUGACGUCUAUGCUCGCGAGAUGCUAAGCCUGAGGACUGAUCUACCCGAAGACAGGAUACAGGUUUGGUUUCAAAAUCGGAGAGCAAAAUGGCGCAAGACGGAGAAAUGUUGGGGCAGAAGUACCAUAAUGGCAGAAUAUGGUUUGUACGGAGCGAUGGUCCGACAUUCCUUACCACUUCCAGAAACAAUUUUAAGAAGUGCCAAGGAAAAUGAAUCCGUUGCACCGUGGUUGUUAGCUCAAUCAUCUAAGACAAGCAGCUUUAAUCAAGAUUUCGAAUAUAAUCAAGAACUGAUUGACUGUGGACCUGUAGGGAUGCAUCGGAAAUCGCUCGAGGCGGCAGAGCAUCUCAAAUCCGGCGGAGAGGACAGCGGCAAUGAUCAAAACGGAAGCGGAAGCAGUCCCCAUCAUAAUCAUCAUCAAGGAGGACCAACCAGUUCGGAGAGUGGACAAGAGAGUCAGGAUGGUAUGGGACCUUCGUCAUCUACAAGUGUCGUGCAGGAUACGGAACAACUCAGAAACGAAAGUAUUGCUUGCUUGAGGGCAAAAGCACAGCAGCAUCAAUUGCAAUUGAGUCUGCAACCAACAUCGACGCCUCCAAGUGGGUCAUAUCCGUCGGCACCACAGUCCAGCACGUUACAUACUUCUGUUUAAUCGCGAAAAUAUAGAUUUUUUUUCUGAUAGUUCCGUGUCCAAUAUUUUUGCUGUUGAUGCGGAAACACGUGUCCUGCCUGGAGGAUUGUUGUAGAUGAAUCGGCAGCACCGAUUUCAAAAUCAGUGAUAUUUUUUUAAUGAAUAUCUCGGCUAGGGUCGAUUCUUUCGAAAUAUAAGAAUCUUUCUGAGAUCACUUCUACAUAAAAUUAAUCUCGCAGUCAGACUGUAGUAAUGGCAUCGAAUGAACAAAUUCUCUGCGACGAAAAAUCUCGGAUUGUUCCGGCACACAUGAUUCCAAUAUUCUACGUUCCUCGUGUCAUUUUCAAGCACAGUUUUGUGAAUGUUCGCGAUUGAAAUUGUCUGCGAUGCAGUGUAAUCGUGAAGAUACAAGACAGACGCGCGCGCGCACACACACGCACGCACGCAUGCACGCACACAUGCACACACGCACGCACACACACACACACACACACACACACACACACACACACACACACACACACACUCGCGCGCGCGCACACGCACACAUAUAUGUAUGUAUAUGUGUACAAUGAGGUGCAUUAAUAAGAUCCUUUUUCGAUGUAGGAAUUCCAGCAAUUUAACCAAUCAUAUGUUGCUAUUGGCUUAAUGAGUUCGUCUGAUUGGCUAAGACUGUUGUGACUUUUGCACUAGCUACCGAAAAAGGGUUUCAUUAACGCAUCUCAUUAUACAUACGUACAUGAAUGUGUGUGUGUAUUUUAUAUACAUAUAUAUAUAUAUACACAUACACAUACAUACAUACAUACAUACAUACAUACAUACAUGUAUAUACAAUUACAACGAAAUACGGCGAACCAACAGAUCGAACGCAUGAUUUGCAUCAUACAAGUCUGUGUGUCUCGCACAGUAAUCAAGCAGGCCUUUAGAUCGAUAGAAAUUCACAUAAUCCUCUGCAACGACUUGACGUAUGUUCAUGUUUGACGAAAGCGAAAAGUGUCCCAAUGUUGCAUUUCGAGACAAGUGAAAUGUUGUCAAAAGAUACCGCGUAAUAAACAAUGAAAUUUAAUUGUUAAGCUUAAUCCUCAACGAAAUAAUAGCCUACUGAUGAUCUGUAUAACAAACAAUAAAAGAUUAUCGAUCAGGGAAUCCUGUCGUUGACAAAUGCAAGUGCGAAUACUCAAAGAAAGAUUUUUUUAGAAAAAAUCGACGAUAAAUAAUGCUUGAUUAUUUAGUCCGGUUGAUUAAUUUAAUGGAUCGGCAGAUCGAGCAAAUGGAACUACCUAAUUAGAAUAUAAUUGCUUUUAAUAGCGCGAUUGUGUAUUUGUAUGAGUUUUGUGUGGAAUGUCACAAUGUAUAUAUGUGCGUGUGUGCGUGCAUAACUGCAUGCAUGUGUAUGCAUGCGAGAAGAAACGAAAUAGAGCGAUAAGAAAACUUUUGAAGAUUUUGUUUUCAAAAUGUUAACCUGCAACGAAUGUUGAGCAACGCAAAGCAUAAAAGAAAUAAAAAGAGAGAAUAAGAGAUUGUGUGGAACGCAGUAGUAAGAUUAUAAAAUAUAUGAAUACACAUCGAAGAGAAGCGUGCUCGAAAACCUUUACAGUACACACAUAAAAAAUGCCCCUAAAAUUUACAAAUUUAAAAUAAUAUGCAAUUAUCGAAAGUUGAUUCGAUUAUUAAACUCAUGUGUGUAUGAGAUAAAAAGGAAUAGUGUGCAUGUAGAUGUAUCAAAAAAAGUGAGAGAGAAAGAGAGAGAGAGAGAGAGAGAGAAAGAGAGAA